AUGUCGAGCUCACGAUUACGGAGAAUCAACAAGGAGAUCGCAGACUGUGCGAAUGACAAGACGAGUGGAAUCGAAGUCGCGAUGGUUGAUGACUCCCCUUUCCACCUAGUCGGAACGUUUCCGGGGCCCGAGAACUCACCUUACGAGCGUGGCAUGUUUGACGUUGACAUUGUUGUUCCCGAACAGUACCCAUUUCAGCCAGUCAAAAUGAAAUUCAUUACAAAGGUCUACCACCCUAAUAUCUCCUCUCAAAGCGGUGCCAUCUGCCUUGACAUCUUGAAAGACCAAUGGUCACCGGUGCUGACGCUCAAAUCCACGCUACUGUCUCUGCGCUCGCUGCUUUGUUCGCCGGAACCGAACGACCCGCAGGACGCAGAGGUGGCAAAGCACUAUAAGCGCGAUCGCGAAGACUUCGAGCGGACCGCGCGGUACUGGACGCAGACGUACGCAGACGGGAGUCAAAAUGCGCGACCGCCGCCUGCUGCUAUUGCAAUUGACACGUCAGGACGCACUGGAGGCGGUAAGGAGAACGAGGAUGCAAUUCUCGAAGCAGGGUUGAAGAAGGAGCAUGUGGAGCAAUUUGUCGGGAUGGGGUUUGAUUCGAGCAAAGUGAUUGAGGUGUUAAGGCGACUGAAUUAUCGAGGUGCCAACGUCCGUAACAUCUCAGAUGAUCAAGUGCUGAAUGCGCUGCUCGGUUAA